AUGAAUGCGAUAUUUGAUCAAUACAGGCACCUGUUUGUCCCCGCGUUGGCAUCGUUGCCCGCUCUGGCGCUGGUCUACGCAUAUGCGACCUCGAGAACCGAUACACGAAAGAGGAAGGAGUUGGAAAAUUUCACGCGUCUACCACCGGGCCCACCGCGACUACCGUUUAUUGGAAAUUUACUCAACUUUCCUCAAGCACGGUGGUAUGAGACGUUUAGCUCCUGGGCAAAGGAGCAUUUAGGCGAAGAAUUCGACCAAGUAGACAAGGUACCACACGGGCAAAGGUCACACGAUAAUUGGGAUCUCAUGCAUCUCGACAUACUCGGCUCCCACUUGAUUGUCAUCCACAGUUUGCAAGCCGCAAAGGACCUUAUGGAAAAGCGAGGUGCAACUUACUCUGAUCGACCCCGAGACAUGAUGAGCUACUAUGUAAUGGGAUGGAAUUGGAAUGUCGUCGUCGCUCAACCAGGAAGCUAUCACACCAACUGUCGUACCAUUUACAAGCGUAGCAUUGGGCAAACGGACGUUGCGCAGUAUGAAGCGGUCAUCGUGGAAGAGGCGCAGAGGAUGCUUGAGGGGUUCCGUAGUGUACAAGGAGAUCCAUGGGAUGUCAUUGAAGAUGUCGUUGGGGCCGUUCUGAACCGAGUCACGUACGGGGAUAGUAUCUACAAGGAGCAUGGCAAGGCAAUGUCAGAUCUCAAUCACGAAAUGCUCGACCUCUUCACCUGGGCUUCAACGCAGUUCUGGCUCGUUAAUUUUAUCCCCAAGCUUCAUUCGCUACCUGGUUGGAUCCCUCUUUCAUUCAAGAAAAUUGGCAAAAAGGGGCAGGAAUUACAGAGAAAGAUGCACUAUUGGCCCUGGCAGCAGACCGUAGACCACUUUAAAAGGGGUAUCGCCGAGCCUAGUAUCGCAUUGGAAUACCUCGACAAGGACGAGAACCUCAAUACGGUUCGAGAUGCGUUGGGAAUGAUGUAUAGUGCUGGUAUUGAUAAUACAGCCUCGACAUUUGCAAGCUUCAUCUCGCAAAUGCUCCUCCAUCCACAUAUCCAGAAGAAAAUUCAAGCCGAAAUCGACGCAGAAGCAGGUCUGGGAGACACGUUGCCCUCGUUCGAACAGCGGCCACAAUUCCGCUAUCUCGACGCUGCGUGGAGAGAGUCGAUGCGACUGAAUCCUUCGGCCCCCCUAGGUAUAUCGCAUGUCUGUUCAAAGGAAGACGUCUACGAAGGAUACUAUAUCCCAAAGUAUACGUGUCUUGUCAGCAACAUCGGAUUCAUGGGUCGCGACCCGCGUGUCUUUACCAACCCAGACUCGUACACUCCUGAAAGAUGGCUUCCAGAGCAUAAUCCAGACGCAUCAAAUCUGCCUGAUGUAUACGAGUUUGUAUUCGGCUUUGGACGGAGGAUCUGUCCCGGGCAGUUCCUUGCAGACAGAAUUGGCUUCGUAUUUGCUGCUGCAGUGCUCAAGAUGUACGAUAUCUUGCCAUUGGAAGGCGAAGAGCUACCCAAAGAGUUUCUGUAUCAAGACGCCAUCACGCGACGACCAGAAGGCGUUCGCUGCCGCUUCGUUCCGAGAAAGCAAGACUAA